AUGGGUGUUCCAGCCCUGGAGCGCCCAUGGAGUCGGCACCUGUGGCCAGAAGAGAAAGUUUCUCAGGUCAAAGGAUCUCUGAAUACACUGGAGAGAAUCAUCCAUCAAUUCAACUGCUGCGCUGGCCUAAAAGAUUUCCAUUUCCACUUGAAACAAUUUGUGUGUGAAUCAUCUCACAACAACUCAUCAGAGGGAUCAGGGUGUAAGCUCUGCCCCCCAAACUGGCUGCUGCACAGGGACAAGUGCUACUGGGUGUCAAAAGAAAAAAAUCCCUGGAACAAGAGCCGCGAUGACUGUUCAAGGAGGAGCUCUCGGCUGCCGGUGCUCCGGGACCAGGAUGAGAUGACUUUCAUUCAAAAUACUACCAAAGACACAAACCAGAUCUGGCUUGGACUCACUGUUACAUCCCCCCUGAGGAAAUGGACUUGGGUGGACGGCUCCCUGUUCAAUCUAACGCUGUUCAAGUUAGUGGAUCCUGCUGAAGGGCAAUGCGGGGUGAUAAAAGCAGGAGGGAUUCAGUGUGAAACCUGCACUACAGUCGCUAAAUGGAUUUGUGAAAAAGAUGCUCUCCUCAUUAGCCAGUGA